AUGGAGGCUAUUGCUAAACAUGAUUUUAGUGCAACUGCUGAUGACGAAUUAAGUUUCAAGAAAGGGUCUUGUUUGAAGGUUCUGAGUACAGAUGAGGACAAGAACUGGUUCAAGGCCGAACAUAGUGGACGCGAGGGAUAUAUCCCAAAUAAUUACAUAGAUGUGAAACCACACCCUUGGUUCUAUGGAAAGAUAUCUCGUGUGAAAGCAGAGGAAAUGCUGAUGCAGGGAAAUAACUGUGAUGGGGCUUUCUUAGUACGUAACAGUGAAAGUGCACCUGGUGAAUUUUCAAUAUCAGUCAAAUUUCAGAAUGGUGUUCAACAUUUUAAAGUAUUACGAGAUGGAGCUGGCAAGUAUUUCCUCUGGAUUGUCAAGUUCAACUCAAUAAACGAGCUGAUUGCUUAUCACAGAACAGCGUCUGUAAGCCGAACCCAGAGUAUAUUCUUGAAGGACAUGCACAUGGGAAAUUCCGAUGACCCUGCAACUGCUCUAUACUGUGAAGCUCUGUUUGAAUUUAAGGCAGAAGGGCAUGAUGAGUUGGGCUUCAUGAAAAAGGAUAAGAUUAGAGUAAUAUCCCGCGUCGAUGACAACUGGUGGAAGGGAGAGAAAGACGGGAAAGAAGGCGUGUUCCCUGCAGCCUAUGUUAAACUCUUGGAUUCCACUGUGAAUGGAUUGUGAGAGUCGAUAGAGAAGCGCUUAAUCAUAAUGUGCAAAAAAAAAACAUACUUUUGGGUGUCACAGAAUGGGACGUGCUUCAAGAUACACGGAGAUUGACUGUAAAUAGAAUGGAAACUCCUGCACCAUAACAUACAUAACACGAACACCGUAUCCACAGCCCUGUAAAGGACAAUUUAGCUGUGGGCCACCAUUCAUGUGUUGCUUGAUAUUCAUGUAAACGUCGAGUUGGCCAAGAUGUUUGUAAGCUCAUCCAGUGUGCCAGUGGUUAUGACAUUGCAUCAUUUAGUUGGCUUGAAUAUUUGCCAGAUGGUUUGGACCUACACUGAGUGACUGCAUCACUGCCGGCGGUAUGAACAGCCAAGUACAUUGUGGGUUACAGAAAGACUCACUCUUCGUGGGUGUUUCGCUUUCAGCGUGUCGUAUUCGAGUCCAGAUCAGUAGUUGAAAGCGUCAUUGUUUUUUAUUCAUAAGAAAUAUUUUAUGGUAUCAACAAAUAACUGUUAGGACGAGUAGAGAACUCAUUGCAGAAACAGUAUUCUUGAGUAACUUGGAAGUUACCUGAUUCUGUCAGAAUGUAGUUUUAAGAAAUAAUGUACACCAUUUUAGCUUGGUCUUCUGAACAAAAGAGAUAUCUAUUGGCCUGUCCGAUUCAAUAGUCUAACUUGAUUGGGCAGACUGAAACAAAACAUUGUUGUUUUUUAAUUGAAUAAUGUCAAUGGUAAAUGGAGUUUUACUCUUCUAGAGAGAAUGAUAUUUGCAGGUUUUCAUUGCAUACAUCAUGAAUAUGGGAAUCUGUAAACAAAAUUAAACUCUUUAGCUCUUUAAUUCAUUAGAGCAUUGUGUUUAUUAAAAUGUUUUUCUAACUUUGUCUUCCUGGGUAUUCACUAAUUGCAUUCUCUCACUGUACAGUACCACUGAAAUGUGUAUAGAUACUUUAGCUGUAGUAGCAUGGUUACAAUACUAUUAUUUUUCACAUCAGUAUGCAUAUCCAACAGAGCAUACGAUUAACACAAGAGUUGUGUCCCCUGUUCAGUUUAGAAGACUAGUAUUUUAUGCAAAAGCACAGAUGAAAUCUGUUUUAACUGUUGGGUAUCUGCAUUGAGGUUACUGAUUAAUGCUUUUAAUAUUGUAAACUUUUAGACUUUUUCACUCAAAACAAAGAAAACAUUUCUGACAGUAUUUUGUCUAACCGUAGUUUGUUAUUGGCAAUAACGUAAACUAUGCAGUAGACUAUUGUUCAGCAUUGUUGACCAGACGCUGUAGUAAACUGAAUGAAAAUUACGAAAUGUCAAACACCACUGGGCUAUGAUACCCGUUUUAUAUUGUAUCUAAUUAAGUUAAUGGUUUUCUCAGCAUUUUUAUGCAAGAAAUGAAUUUUAUACUGAAAUAUACUGGUCCAGCAGUGA